AUGGCGCUGGUCACCGUCCGCAGGUCCCCGGCCGGUAGCGGCCACGGCUCCCCCACCGGCCGCAAGGAUGAAGAGGUUUCCAGGAGGAGCCAGUUGCAGCGACGCCACAGCUUCGUCAUGGUCAAAGGGGCUGCCCUGCUCCUGCCGGAAGAGGAAAAGCUGGAGACGGUGCAAGAAGCCCCGCCCUCUCCGGACCAAAUGCAAAGCCAGCAGGAGCAGCACCUGCAGCUGAUGAUGGGGCUGCUGCGGCAAGAGGAUGCCAUCCGCCUGGCCGUGCGGCUGGAGUCAACCCGGCCCCACCGGAUCCGGUACCUGCUGCUCGUGUCGACAGAGGAGCUGGAGGGCAAGAACGAGACGGUCCUUCUGGGCGUGGACUUUCCUGAAGAGGGGUCGGCCAGAUGCACCCUGGGGAUGGUGCUGCCCCUCUGGAGCGACACCCAGGUCUUCCUCGACGGGGAUGGGGGCUUCAGUGUGACGUCCUGGGGGCAGACACGCAUCUUCAAACCCAUCUCUGUGCAGACCAUGUGGUCAGUGCUGCAGGUGCUGCACAAGGCGUGCAAUGAAGCCGUCCAAAACAACCACUUCCCUGGGGGCAGUGCGCUGGGCUGGGCUGAGUGGUACCAGCGCACCAUAGCCUCAGAGCAGAGCUGCAUCAACGAGUGGCUGGCCAUGUCCGACCUGGAGUCCGUGCGGCCCGACUCCCCUGCCCUCUUCUCUGACCGGCCAACGGAACGUGAGCUUAUGGAGCGGAAGAUCCGGGCCAAACUGCGUGAGCUGAUGGCCACAGCUGAUCUGGAGAGCAUCACCUCCAAGGAGAUCCGCACAGAGCUGGAGCGCCGCACUAGCUGCAGCCUGAAGGAGUACAAGGAGUUCAUUGACAACGAGAUGCUGCUCAUCAUGGCCCAGAUGGACCGUCCCUCCAAGAUCUUUGACCACCUGUACCUAGGCUCCGAGUGGAACGCAGCCAACCUGGAGGAGCUGCAGCGCAACAGAAUCAGCCACAUCCUCAACGUGACCCGGGAAAUCGACAACUUCUUCCCGGCACAUUUCACCUACCUGAAUGUGCGGCUCUAUGACGAAGAGGCCUCCCAGCUGCUGCCCUACUGGAAGGAGACAUAUCACUUCAUCUCAGCUGUCCGCAGGGCCCAGAACUUGCGGGUGUUGGUGCACUGCAAGAUGGGCGUAAGCCGCUCAGCCUCCACGGUGAUUGCCUACGCCAUGAAGGAGUAUGGCUGGGCGCUGGAGCGGGCCUACCGGCAUGUGCAGGAGCAGCGCCCCAUCGUGCACCCCAACCCCAGCUUCAUGAGGCAGCUGGAGUUCUACCAGGGCAUCUUGGACGCCAGCCGGCACAGCAGCCUGUGGGAGCAGAAGGCAGGAGACAGCCAAUGGGAGGACACGGUGAACGGGAGUGACACUGGCAGUGACCAAUCAGAAAGUGAGGGGAGCCUGUGCCAGGAGAUACUAAGUUCGGAGGAGGAGCCAGGGCGGCAGGAGGAGGAGCCAGUCACGACGCCCCAGUAUUGUUUCCGGCCCCUGCGGGAGCCCCCCGAGGAGCCAGCCCAGCCCCAGGCCCCAGCAGGGGGCGAAGGGCCCCAGAUCUGGGUGCAGGAGGCAGAGGAGCCGGGGGCCUCAGAUGACUCAGGGGCUGAGGAGGUCCGGGGGCACUUGGCUGUGCUGCAGGUGCCAGAGACACCCAGGACACCGCGCGACCGGCGCAUCAACCUCUACGCCGUGAUGAGGAGCAUCAGCGAGAUGGACAGCCCUGACGCCACCACCCCACUGGGGGGUGCUGCUGAGGGGGAGGUGUUUGCUGCCUCAGAGCACGAGUCCCCUGUGGAGUGCCCCCCCCCGGAACCUGCAGCCUCACCAUUACCCCCACAGGACCAGGAGGAGCCGGGGGCAGCCAUGCCAGGCUCCAAGGCCAGGCAGCACCCACUGCAGGCCCCAACAGACAAGACAGGCAAGCGACGGGGCCAGCAGCGCAGCCGCCAGGUCCCCCGAAGCCAUGCCCAGCCCUGCAAGCAGAUCUCCUACCACCCGGCACCGGGCAAGGUGCACAAGGCUGUGAAGCACGUGGAGGGCCCCAGCCCCAGGGCCCCGCCUCCACGCCGGGCUCGUGCCAUGGAGCACCGCUACUCCGUAGCCCAGCUCAUGGAUGCCGCCCUGGUGCUCAGCCGCACCAGAGAGUUCGAGGAGCGGCUGGAGACAGCUGGCCGGGAAAGACCCCCCAGGGAGGAGCCUGCUAGCCCCCCGCCCCCAUCACAGGAGUCCCAGCCUGGAGGAGGCACCCUCCCCCCAUCACAACCCAGGAGGAUGGUGCGGCAGGCCAGUGUGGACCUAGAGCCUGGCUCGGGGUGA